AGCCAGGGCGGCGGCGGCGGCGGCGGCGGCUGCCGCGGCCAAGACCCAGGCAUCUGGGACUGUUGUUGUUCUCUCCUGGCGCGACCGCUUCAGCCCGUUCGCCUAGAAGCAGCCCAGGAGCUGGUGUGGCGAGGAGCGAGUGGCCGCAUCCUCCUCCUCUCUCCUGCUUCUCAGAGCUGCGGCAGGAGCUGGCGCGAACAUCCUGCGGCUGGUCUCCGAUGCCCUUCAGUGAGGAGGGGGCGUCCGGACCCUGGUGAGCGUACCUCAGGCUCCCCCAACUCGGCGUCUUCAUCGGCCCCCCUGGCUCGCACACCCCAGCCUGCCUGCCAUGGCUGAAAACGCAGAGGGGGACCUGAACUCCAACCUGCUCCACGCCCCCUACCACACCGGGGACCCUCAGCUAGACACGGCCAUCGCGCAGUGGCUCCGUUGGGAUAAGAAUCCCAAAACAAAAGAACAAAUUGAAAAUCUGUUACGAAAUGGAAUGAACAAGGAACUGCGGGAUCGUCUUUGUUGCCGAAUGACUUUUGGGACUGCAGGACUUCGUUCUGCUAUGGGGGCAGGAUUUUGUUAUAUUAAUGACCUUACAGUAAUACAGUCAACACAGGGGAUGUACAAAUACCUGGAGAGAUGUUUCUCAGACUUCAAGCAGAGAGGCUUUGUCGUUGGGUAUGAUACCCGCGGGCAAGUGACUAGCAGUUGCAGCAGCCAGAGGCUUGCUAAACUCACUGCUGCAGUCUUACUGGCCAAAGAUGUUCCCGUGUACCUUUUUUCAAAAUAUGUUCCUACACCUUUUGUACCAUAUGCAGUCCAGGAGCUCAAAGCAGUUGCAGGUGUAAUGAUUACAGCAUCUCACAACCGCAAAGAGGAUAAUGGAUACAAGGUUUAUUGGGAAACGGGUGCUCAGAUCACAUCUCCUCAUGAUAAAGAAAUUCUGAAAUGUAUAGAAGAAUGUGUGGAACCCUGGAAUGGUUCCUGGAAUGAUAAUUUAGUGGAUACCAGCCCACUGAAGAAAGAUCCUCUGCAGGACAUUUGUAGGAGAUAUAUGGAAGAUCUGAAAAAGAUCUGUUUUCACAGGGAAUUAAACGCAAAGACUACCUUGAAAUUUGUACAUACAUCUUUUCAUGGGGUCGGACAUGACUAUGUGCAGUUGGCUUUUCAAGUGUUUGGUUUUAAGCCUCCAAUUCCAGUACCUGAACAAAAAGAUCCUGACCCAGACUUUUCUACCGUUAAAUGCCCAAAUCCUGAAGAGGGGGAAUCUGUGCUGGAACUUUCUUUGAGACUGGCAGAGAAAGAAAAUGCCCGGAUAGUGGUAGCCACAGAUCCUGAUGCAGACCGACUGGCAGUGGCAGAACUUCAGGAGAAUGGUCAUUGGAAAGUUUUCACAGGAAAUGAGUUGGCAGCUCUGUUUGGGUGGUGGAUGUUUGAUUGCUGGAAGAAAAGUAAAUCAGGAAAUGCUAACGUGAAGAACAUUUAUAUGUUAGCCACCACAGUCUCUUCCAAAAUUUUGAAGGCAAUUGCACUUAAAGAAGGAUUUCAUUUUGAAGAAACAUUACCAGGUUUUAAAUGGAUUGGAAGUAGAAUAAAAGACCUCCUGGAAAAUGGGAAAGAAGUCCUUUUUGCAUUUGAAGAGUCUAUUGGUUUUCUGUGUGGAACUUCAGUUUUGGAUAAAGAUGGGGUGAGUGCAGCCGUUGUUGUUGCUGAGAUGGCAUCUUACCUGGAAACCAUGAAUAUAACAUUGAAACAGCAACUGGUUAAGGUUUAUGAAAAGUAUGGUUAUCAUAUUUCAAAAACUUCAUAUUUCUUGUGUUAUGAUCCAAAUACCAUCAAAAGUAUAUUUGAAAGGCUUCGCAAUUUUGAUUCUCCAAAUGAAUAUCCAAAAUUUUGUGGGACAUUUGCUAUAUUGCAUAUACGGGACAUUACCACUGGAUAUGACAGCAGCCAGCCUAAUAAUAAAUCAGUGCUGCCUGUGAGUAAAAACAGCCAGAUGAUUACAUUUACUUUUCAAAAUGGCUGUGUUGCUACUCUUCGGACAAGUGGGACAGAACCAAAGAUAAAGUAUUAUGCAGAAAUGUGCGCCUCACCUGACCAGAGUGACACCGCCUUACUAGAAGAAGAAUUGAGGAAACUCAUUGAAGCUUUGAUUGAGAAUUUUCUUGAGCCCAGUAAAAAUGGACUGACCUGGCGUUGUGUGUAGUGGACACCGUUUCUUUGCACCGGCAUAUGGAACAGACCAACCGAGAGCCCCAUGCGUUGAACUUGUGUUUAGCGUUCUCUCUAUCUCACCUGGCCAAGUAUCCUUUUCCUUUCAUUUUCUUUCUUUUUUGGUUGGCUGACUAAAAAAACUGUAUAACUUCGAAAUGAAAUCAUCUGGAGAAAAUGAUUCAAAUUUUUUCAUAAUCUUGAACAAAAGUCAUUAUGUUCAAAGUAUUAUAGUAACACGUCAUUCUUCCUUUAACAGAAAUAAAACAGUGCAAAAGCCAGUUUUCUUAUUAAAGUGUGAUUAAGUAAGCUUAGUUUCAUAUUCUUGUAAUUGUGUAUAGCAUGUGUGUUUUUUUAAAUAGGCAGAUAAGUGUUGUGUAAUUGUAGAGUUAGUUAAGGAAAUUAUUUCAUAAAGUUGGCAAGAAAACAGUGCUGCUCUCAGAAUACUGUGGAAGUGUCAUUGUUAUAUCGUAGAUAGUGACUUACAAAUUAGAGUAUUCAAAUAGGGUAUUUAGCAUUUCUAGCUUAGAACAGAUGUUACAAAUGUGGUGUCCAGCUCUUCUGUUUCAGGUGCUGUUGGUGCAAUGUAAAUUUAUUCAGUGUAUUUAAAAUUCCAACCUUUACUGAACAUAAAACAAUAGUGGCAACAUUCCUAGAAGCUUUGUUCUUGUCAAAUUUCUCAGUGCCUUCUCAGGGUAUGGUAUGAACUGAAACAGUGUUUCUGCAUUGAUUUUCAGACAGUUAAGAAAAAUCUUCCAAACUACAUAGGUGCUUUCCCUCGAUAUUAAACAGGUUUGCUGACUUUAAAAUCUUAUGAACAUAUAUAAAAAUCUUAAUAAGACCAGGCUCAAUGUAACUCUAGUUAAGCAUCUUCAUGUUAGAAUUGUCAGUUAUCACAGCCUUUGAGUAAAGAAAAAAUCUGAACUGAGAAAGGAGCUCUGAAUUUAUUUAAAAAUCUUUUAAAUUACAUAUUAUAAGUGGAUUUAUUCCUUUAUCAGAUGAAGUAAUGCUACUUUUACUAAGAAAUAAAACAUUCAGAUUUUAGGUAUUAUGAAACACUAUACUACUUCUUUUCAAACUAACAUCCAGUUUAUCCUAACAUCUUGCUGGCUUCUAUAGAAUUUCUGAUCACAAGAGUAACUAUCUUAUCUAAUAUGGAAAAAAAAUUGUAAGGUCACUGGUUGAUUCUGCAGUCUUCUAAAAAGACAAUAGAGAAGCUCUGUUUAAUCUUCUUAAAGUGUAUCCUGUUGUAUAUAGUUCACAGAAUACUUAAACAUAUGUGGUACGGUUAAGAGGUAACAAUAACAAGGCCUUGGGCAUAAUCAUCUAAACAAAUUACCUAUGGAAGAUAACUGGUAUUAGAGAAUUUAUUUCCUAAAAAAAAUGAUAUAAAAUUUGAACUGAUUAGAAUAUUUGUUAAAUCAUGGUUUGGUUUAUUGUAGCUAUUGGUUCACAUUUGGUUGAACUCAUGUAAUCCAAAUAUAAUUUUCAAAUUAUUAUAUUGCCACUAUUGUUAAUUUGUUCCUCUCUCAGUUUCUUAUAGCUGGAUCUUGUGUGACUGUAGAUAAUAGACAGCUAGCUAAAUGUAGAACACCAUAUUUCUAAGUGAGUUUGUUUUCAAAGGCUUUGCACUGAAAAAGAAAUUGUGUAGAAUUUUUUGUUUUAUUUGCUUUUAGGAAUGUAGACCAUAAUUUAGGAAAUGGCCUAUAUUCUACGAAGUGGUGUGAGCAAUGCGCUAUAGUAUCUGGAAAAUAUGUAUAUUUGGUUUCAGUGUCUGUUUUCCAUUGACUGAAGAACAAAGUGGAGCUAAAAUGAUAUACUAGCCCAUGUAUAAUCCCUAAAGCCAUGUUCUGAUUGUCAUCCUGUUGGACAGAGAACUGUUUUAUUUGAGUGCUUUAAUCUAACACCGCAUUUAAGUCAUCUUAAUCAAGGCAAAAAGUUAUUAAAGCUUGGAUUCUUAUCUCAAAAAUUUAAAAAUCCAGAGUUAAAAUUAACAGAGUUUUACAAGUGUUCCAAAAGUGUAUAGAUUGAGGGAAUUAUUUGAUUCUAGCCAAACUCUCAAGUCUGUCUCUGAUAUUUAGUGUGUACUUGACAUAGUGGGUGUACACUUGCCUAACAGAUAAAUUCAGUAGCCCAAGCCAACCAGGCCAGACGGAAGUGCUGGCCAGUAGGUCUCAGCCUUGGGCUCUGCGUUGUUCACCUUUUUCUUUAUGAACAAUGUCAUGGAAAUGAACGCAUUCUCAUUGAGUGUGCAGAUCAAAACUGGGAUUUUCUAGAGCUCUGAGGAAAAGGAAAGAAAUUAGUGGGACAAGAUUAAAACAUAGGAUGGAAAUAAACAGAACUAAGCAAACAAUAGAAAGGUCAAUUAGGUGGCACAGGAAAUGCUUUUUGUUAAGGGCAAGUUUAUCACCCUAAAAACUCACUGUGGGCAAGUUGUUUACUUGUGUUUAUCUGUUGUGUUGAUGAGCGAAUAGUGAACCUUUUGUUUUCUUUGAUUAGUGAGCACUAAAGAGGACAAGUAUAAGGCAAAAGAGUUUAAGAGAAAAAGUACCUCUCUUACUGAUUCAGUCUCUGAGAGAAUGUUCUUUCUUAGGAUCAUAUGGGAACUGGGGAGGGGAUAUAACAGAAAUAAAAAACAGAAUAAAAUAUAGAUUGGAAAAUAAGACCUCUGAGAAAAAGUAAAACAAGAUCAUUUAACUCUGGAGAGGAGAAAGCUGUCGAGAUAGUUUAAUAAAUCUUAAGUUAUUGAGCCUUUUAUUGAACAACUUAAACUAAGAACAACGUGACAAAUUGUUCUCCAUCUCCAGCAAGGAUAAAAUAGGAGGGUAUAAGGAUUUUUAAGGGGGAGAAAGGCAACAUGAAUAGUUUAAGAUUUUAAAACUUGGGCAGGGAUCAUUAUGAAGCCUUUUAUUUGAAUUUUUAUUUUUAAGAGAAUAAAAACUUUAAAUAUUAAAAGAUAUACUAAAUGGCUUUUACAGGUUCCUUCUAAACCUUUUUUUUUUUUUAAACUCAGGUUGGAACAAAGAUAUCAUAAAGAGCACUGAAAGUAACAUUUGAAUUUCACUCCAUAUCUAUAAGAAUUUAGCUCACAACAGUUUUUGUUGUUUUUUUAUGUUGAGUAGUAGAUGCAUGAGUGCAGCGAAUAAAGACCUGCUUACAUGUUAUUUUUUUGUUUAAUUUAGCAAAUUAAGUGAGACUUGAGCACAGUUUUGUUCAUCUUGAAGAAUGUAUAGCAUUAUAGGAUAUUUGAGGGGUUUGUUUUAAGUUUAGAGUAUUGUUAUUUGGAUGUAGUAACUUCAGCAGAGAGUAUCUAAGAGUUUGGAUACUUUGGAAUAUAUUUAUAUAGGAAAUAGAACUUCUGUUUCUUAAGCAGAUUGCUCCUGAAAUUGAUGCAACAAAGAUAUUGCUGGAGUUUAAUGGAGAAAUUGUUCUAUGAGGCGCUGCUAUUGGUAUUUCUUUCAGAUCUUUUCCAUUGUUGUUCAUGAUGCUUGAAAAAUCCAAAUCCAAAUUCUGCUUGAAUAAAUUUAAUUUUAUGCCUUUUUUCUCUACCUCCCUCUUUCCCUAGGUACCCUCUCACAUUUUGUUACUGUGAAAUGCUAUUGCCCUAUUACCUCACCAAUAAGAAAUCCUAACUGUAUCUGUCAGAAUGCUUUAAACUUAUUCAUAAACUAAGUUGGUUUAUGGACUUUUGGAUGUUUUGUUAUUGUGAGAAUAAGACAUUGUAAGAAGUAAUUUUAAAUCUGUUUCAUAGUUUUUUGUGGUCUAUCUGGAUGCUAUAUGUUAAAUUAUUAUGGCCUUUUACAAUUCACUUGUUUUCUGAGAUUGCUCUGGAAACUGAUGAGGAAAGAGUCGUACUAACCAAAAUGAAUGCUCAGUUGAUCUAGCAUUUUAUUUUCAGUUUCCGUGUACUUUGGGCAUCCAAAACACAAGAUUUGAGGAAAUAUAUUUUUUUUAUAUUUGUGCUUCAAAGCACUCACCAUAAGCUAUAAGGAAUCUAAGCAGAAAGAAGAGAAUCUGUCAUUGUCUCAGUUCACAGCAUGACUUUAGUUCUAGUUGGAAACAAAGUUAGCGUUAACCAUCGGUUACUUUAAAAUAUUCAUCAUACUGUUCUGUUCAUUAAGCCAUCUUCUCUCUUUAUUAAUUAAAGACUAUGUACUUAAAAAAACAACAUAUAAGAAUGAGUAAAGCAACCAAGAUAAGGGCAAAGUGACAUAGUUAAAGUUUGCCUCUCAAAUUUUUCCACCAGCAUGACCCUCAAGCAGAAGGGUCAUGUAGGGGAAGGGGCCUGAGAGCAAAGAAAUGUCAUGGUCUGUCUCAAAAAUGUAAGUGAAUUUUGAAUCCUCCAUAAUAAAAGUGUGUUGAUAUAAAAAUGAUUCCUUCAGUCUUCAACAAAACUGGUGGUGUCAGAAAGGAGCACUCUGUUUAUCAUGUGGCCUCUCAGUUUUCUCCCCCAAGUCCCCCUUCAACUGUUGCAUAUCCCUGGGCGUACACACACUGACUCUAGUGUGAGAAAUGUAAACAUAGAACAUAUAUAGGAUAUUCUUUGCCCUUUAGUAGCUGACCUUUGAAAGUAUUAAUGCCAAGUUAAACUGACCUGAAACAGUUAUGUUACCAGUGAACCUUAUAGUCAGAGGUAUUGGCCAGUUUAUUCUCUUUAAUUUAUUGGAAUUCAAGAUCCUUCUUGACUUUCAGCUCCCUUUAUUAUUUUUCAUAUCCACACCACCUAGUAUAGUACCUGUUAUAGAGUGCAUAAUUGGUGAUAAUGGUAAUAAAGGGAUUUUUAUUUUAAAGAAGCAAAUAAUUCAAGAAAAAAAACAAUAUUAGUUUUUUAAUUUAGCAUUUAUUAAACCAACUCUCAUUACUGAAAUUUAUAAGUAAUGUUUAUUAAGCACACACACACUCAAAUACUCAGUGUCUUUGGAGAAAGCAGAGCAUAUUUCUAUUUGGAAAUUGUGUAUAACGCCAAGUAUUUUACACUCAAAGCAAGGGAUUGGCCAAAAAGGCUAAGAAAGUGUCUAUGUAGAUUUAAUAUCACUAAUACAAGUGCCAAUUUGAGCCUACUUGUGCUACCUUCCAAGUGAGUCACAACUAAUUUAAUACUAUUUGGUAUAUUUUUGUUCAAUGUUAUGAUUCAGCAUAUAUCUGACAAGAGCCACUCCAGAGUUUGCAUCUAUAUAUGGUGAGGCCUUCUUGUUGUGGGCUAAAAUAAACUCUUUGUAUACAUCAUUGACCAUGCCAGAUAAAAUAUGUGCAGUUAAGAAUGAAUUAUUUUCCUGACUCUGUAGCAGUAGUUCAAAAUUGUGCCCUUGUUUUAACAGUUUCUGUCAAUAUCUUCCAGUUUUUUCCCUAAGAAAACACCAGGGUGUAUCGUAAAUACUGCCUGUGAGAAUUUGCACUUUAAGUAUUUGUGUGUGGAUUUCUUGUGGUUGUAGCCAAAUGAAAUGUUGUCCGUAAUAAACAGGUCUCUUAUA